GCCGCCUGUCGUCUCUGCUCUGGUCCGAGGUGGCUGAGGAGGCGCGGGCUAAGCUGCUGAGGAGCCAGGGCCUCAGGCGCCCCCAGCCAUCAUGAGCGCUACCACCCUGCAGCUGCCCACCAGUCAGCGGGCCCAGCCCCAGUUCAAAGAACAAAGAAGACAAAAACUUGAGGAAUAUCUUGCAAGAAGAAAAGCCCUUUCUGUGUUAAAAGUACAGGAAAAGCAGAUAACCAGCAAUACUAGCUGUAAUAGAAAAGUAUCUGGAGACCCAAUCCAGAAGGUGCCAAAAGCUCUGAAGCUUACCAGCACCAAAAUGGAUAAUAAAGAAAAUGCUAAUCGGCCUAUAUGGAGAAAAAAUAUCCUGACAGCAGAAAGAAAUGGUGCUCCUUUAAAAUCUACUACUGUAUUGACAAAUUCAGCCAUAGAUGUUGAUGUAUGUUAUCCUGAGAACUGUGAUCAAACUAUACAAGUGUUACCAAAUGAAGAUGACCCUAAAAUUCGCAGUGUGUCACUUAGCCAAACCUUUCGCCUUAAAAGAAAUAGUAAGGAGAAGCAACUACUUGCAGAGAAGUUGAAGCAAGAUGCUUCCUUGCCAAAGAAACCAGUCCUUGGCUCUUACCGUGGUAGAGUUGUCCAAUCUAAAGUUAACUCAUUUCGAAAGCCAUCAGUGGUUACAGAUGAAAAUUCUAUGACAAGUAAGACAACUUCAACUAUUGUUCCUAAAGUAAGGCCUCAGUCUGUAAGUGGUACCAACGUAGCUGUGAAAGGUGGUAGAACAACAUCUGUUACUGUUUCCACUAAAUCUGAUGGUGCUGCUUCUUCCCAGAACAAAACAGCCUUUCAGCCUUCCAGAAAAAACCAGGUUGAUGCUAUCCGGAAUAAGGAGAAAGAAGCCACUGUUAGAACCUCUGUCAAUGUUACUAUCCGAAGAGAGCCUCAUAAAAAGAGAUUACCUAUCUCAAAUCCAGUCCUACCAAAUGUCAAGACAAAUCUGAUUUCUGGUAUCAAAGAAAAUGAAGCACCAUUAAAAUGUAGGACAUCUGUAGCUGCAGCCAUUCAUGGUUCUGAAUCCAAACCUGCUUCAACUUUCAGUAGCAAAUUCAGAGAGGAUUCCAAAACUGUUGAUAAGAGAAGAUACACUUUAACAAAGGCACCUAUCAAUACUGGAAGAACUACACUAACCAAAGAAUCAACAGAAGACAGAAGAGAUCGUCUGGUUGAGUGGCAAAAUGACAGAAGAAGAGUAAGUAAAAGACCACCUACAUCAGGUUUAUGUGCUCCACCUAAGAUGGAAUUGCCAAAAGACAAACCAGUUGAGUCUUUCUGGACCACCAUUGCAGAAGAAGAUGAGCAAAGAUUAUUCACUGAUAAAGUUAACAAAAUAUUUUCUGAAUAUUUGAACUUAAUUAAUAAGGGAUGUCCAAGGGAAGAAGUACUUUUAACACUGGAGGAGCUCAUUUUAAAAAUUCCAGAUGCUAAGAAACUUGUUAAGUAUUGGAUAUGCCUUGCACGCCUUGAACCAAUUACAAGCCCUCUUGAAAAUAUCAUUGCAAUAUAUGAAAAAGCUAUUCUUGCAGGGGCUCAGCCUAUGGAAGAAAUGCGACACACUUUUGCAGAUAUCCUAACAAUGAAGAGUCAAGUGACGGCUAAUUCUGGGGAGAAUGUUGAAGUUUGUUCAGCUAAUGAAGAAGUCAACAAAGUAUGUGAUGAAGUUAUAAAUCAGGAUAAAAUUGAUGUAGAAGGGGCAUCAGCAGUGGAAAAUUCAGAAUCAAAUGAUACAGAUCAUAAAACAAGGAAUGUAAAACUUCAAGUGUUUGAAGGAGAGCAAGAGGAUAAAGCAGAAGAUUCAAACAGUGAUUUAGAGACUCCUGAAAAGGAAACCAGAGGGUCUUAUGUCAUUAAAUAUAAUGUGUCAACUACUCCAUACUUGCAAAGUGUGAAAAAGAAGAUGAAUUUUGAUGAAAAUAGUUCUUCAUUUAAGGACUUGAAGUUUCUGACACCAGUGAGGCGUUCUCGACGUCUUCAGGGGAAGUGUUAUAAAUUACCAGAUAUGUUAAAAGAUCAUUAUCCCUGUGUUUCUUCAUUGGAACAGUUAGCAGAACUGGGAAGUGAAACAAGUGCUUAUAUAUGCCGUCCAAACACUGCACUAUGUGCAACUUCCCUUGAAGAAGAAGGAAAAGAAACAGAAAAGAAAUGAAAUUUUAACAAGGGAAGAAAUAUAUUUAAAAACUUAUCAAAUUAAGUCUGUUGUGUUUCAGGUUUCACAUUUCCUACAGAGUGUAGCUUAUUACCCAAGUUUUUACUAAGGUAUUACUACAAUGAAAAUAUAAUUGAUGAGGUACUUAUAUAGCAGGAUUUGACUUGCUUGAAUUAGUAAACAGAUUUAGCCUUACUAUCCAAAAAAUAACAAGUUAGGAAGUCUACUUUUUUUUUUUGAGAUUGGUAGAGACUGUCUUUGAAACAAGAUUAUUAUACAGUUUGUAUUUCUAUAUUCUAUUAUUUUGAGCAAGAAAAUCUCAGUAUAAUUCAAGAAUAACAUAGCUAACUAUUACAUAUACCUACUUUUUUUGUGACUGUUUAAAUGGAUGUAUACAAAUCAAAAGAACAAUGUUGGAAAAGAAAGUUUUUCUAGAAAUGUAUUUGUAUUGGAGGAAGUAUGCUAACAUGAUAUAUUUUUUUCCAUUAGAGGAAAUGUGUUCCAAUUUAUAAGAUUUAAAUAUUCACUUUAAUUGGGGUUUUUGGAGUAGAAUCUAUCUUCACUUAACAUUAGUCUUCUGAAUAUUUCUCAGUAUUUAACAACUAAAACUAU